GGCUGCCAGCAAUGGGUCAGGUGAGGCAGCCACCCCAGGGCCAGGCGGAGCACAACGGGGAGGCUAGAACACACACACCCGAGGAGAGAGGCAAGGGAAAACAGCUGCAGAACUCGCCCCCCUCUGAUCAGCUUAAUGAAGACCUAGUCCAAAAUGAAGUGAACGUCACAACCAACGAAGAGUCUCAGAACAAUGUAUUAGCUAAUGACGAUCUGGUCUACCAGGUGGGAAAUCAAGUGAAAACAACCAUUGAGUCCCCAUUGCCAUGUGUGUCUGAUUCCCUAUCCAAAGUUUUCUUUUGUGACAUUCAACCAAAUAACGGAUUCUUCAUGCUGUUCAAACAGUUUUUGCUCUCAGAAAAUGUGGACGAGGCACAGGUUAUAAUUGUCCAGGCAUCUGCGAAUGGACAGACUGACUGCAACUCCUUCUAACUAUUCAACAGCUUGGUACAGAGAAAACCAAUAGUGAGCAAUAGAUGGGUAAAACAAUCUCUGCUUGCUGGUACCACAUUUGAUAUGACAAGGAAACAACAGUAAGCGAUGAGGAAGCUUCAAGUGAUGAGGAUGUUGAAGAAUCCGAUGACCAGCAUGAUGAAGAAAAUAGAGAAGGUGUUCCUUCACCUAGCUCAAAACCUGCUGUGUCUGGGUUUCAACCUCAAUAUGCUCCAGACAGUGAAGACUCGGAUAAGGACUUACAAAGGCAAACAAAGAAAAACAGAAAUAACAGUGUUGAUGUACAGAAGACAUACUGGUCAGCCAAGGAAUCAUGUUCUGUGAAUAGCAAGAAUGUUACUUGAGCCAGGGAAUCAUGUUCUGUGAAUAGCAAGAAUGUUACUUGAGCCAAGGAAUCAUGUUCUGUGAAUAGCAAGAACGUUACUUGAGCCAGGGAAUCAUGUUCUGUGAAUAGCAAGAAUGUUACUUGAGCCAGACACUGAAACUGUACUAGCCUCAUUGUUGUCUAGGUGGAAGUGACUGGGGUUGAAAAAGUUGUCUAGUGGGCAGUAGAAAUGGAACCCUAGCCGGACGCUGGACAUGUGUUGACAUCCAAUUUGUCAAGGUGGAAGUGACUGUGCUUGGAAUAGGUGUCUAGUGAGCAAUAACAAUGGAACUCAAGUCAGACAAUUAACAUGUACUAACCUCCCUCCUGUUGUGGUGGAACUGACUGUGCCUUUAAUAGUUGUCUAGUGAGCAACAUAAAUGGAACUCUAGCCAGACGCUAAACAAGUACUGACAUCCAAUUUGUAUAGAUGGAAUUGACUGUGGAUGGAAUAGUUGUUUAGUGUGUAGUGGAAAUAGAACUUAAGUUAAACAGUGGACCUGUAUUGACCUCACUCAAGUUUAGGUGGAAGUGCCUGUGCUUGGGAUAGCUGUCCAGUCAAGAGUUACAAGCCAAAUCUUGUCAGGUAAAAUUACAAAUAUAUCAAUAACAGCCGCAGCCUCAGUGGCAUGCAGCCCAAUCACAGAUUGCGUGCUCAACUGAGGUUAAGUUUUUAGAUGUGUGCUUUUGUGAUCAGUCACUGUCUGCUUUUAAAUGUGUGUUGCCUGUCGUGUUUUGGUAACACAGGAAAGAAGUUUUAAAAAACUGGACAUGCGUUCGGAGUUCUCACCCAUUUGAGAAACAAUCCAUAUGUGAUACUGUGUGUUGUAAAUUUGUGUUGAACAUAGUAAUUUUAGACAAAUAUUCAUUGCAGUGUUGUUAGUUGCAAGUUGGUCUUGGCAAUUAUCAAGUCAUUAAGAAGCCUGUUAAUUAUUACUUGUAUGAACUGGGUUAAAUUAUAAUGAAUGAAUAUUUCAUUAAAGCGGGUAUAUAC